AUGAGCGGCGGCUUAGAAACCCUCAUGGACCAGUAUGAUGAAUUUCAUGAAGUUCUAGAGACCAUGACGAACAGCCUCUUGGCCGCCCGCGCAUCUCUCCAAUCCAUUAAGCAAAAUCAGCAACAUCUAGACAUGAAAGAUGGCAUAUCUCUUCUUUCACUGAAGCAUCACGUCCUCCUUUCCUACCUGCGGUCGCUUGUGUUGGUCUCUUCGCGUCGUGUCCUUGGAGAUUCCCUGAGCGAACGCUCUUCACCUUCGCAACCGUUCAGCACAAAAGAUAGAGACAGCCGUGGGAGCCGUGCCGGGGAUAUGGUGGAUUCGAUGAUCGAGAAUCGCAUCGUGCUCGAGAAAGUCGGUGCUCUGGAAAGCAAAAUGCGAUACCAGAUCGAAAAAUUGGUGCGAGCCGCCGACGAGCCUACACAAAGUGCAGACGAUCCUCUCUCUUUCAAGCCUAACCCUAUGUCCCUCAUGCAAACGGAAUCCACCGAGCCACAAGAAUCGUGGGCAUCUAAAGACGCGGAGAUUGGCACACAGGACGACAUGAUUUACCGACCUCCCCGACUGGCACCGAUGCCUUACGUGGAGAAAUCAAAGAACCAACAGAGACGAAAUCUCGCACCGAUCCCCUCUGCACUUGCAACACUUGCUGCAGAUCCCUCUCGUCCUUUUGUCGAAUCAACUUCAGGCCUGGGUGGGGCACCUGCCCUGGCUUCUGGCCGAGCGAAAUAUCUUCAGCGGAUAAAGGACUUCGAGGAGGACAAUUUUACGCGGCUCGUGAUGAAGAAAAGCGAUGCCAAACGACGAGCAAGGGACGAAGAGGAUUUGGCAUUGGGUGGCGACCUCGGUGGCUCUUCUGGUCGCAGAAGAAGAGCUGGUGGCCUCGAGGAUGAAUUUGACGAGGUACUACGCAGCGUGAGCAGAGUCAGCGGAGGUCGUAGCCAGGGUGAUGGUUAUGAGGACCUGAGAAAAAGAGGGAAAAAAACUGACGCGUUCGAGAGAAGUCGAACAGGAUCGAGGAAGCGCGAUGAGCUGGAGACCGAUGAUGGGGAGGGCACGGUGCGGGGGAAGAAGAGGAGUCGGUUCGAGCAAGAAGCCAAGGCAGCCAAGAACAGGCUCCGAAAAUAG